ACUUUUAUUUUGAAGAGGUGUCAAGGGUAGGGCGCUGACUUCCGCCUGGCCGAAGACAGCAGCAGCGGCGGCGGAGGUGCUGAGAUCAGGGCGGAUUCACCGAGUUUGUAGAAACAUGGACAGUCAAGGCAGGAAAGUGGUGGUGUGUGACAACGGAACCGGGUUUGUGAAGUGUGGAUAUGCCGGCUCCAAUUUCCCUGAGCACAUUUUUCCGGCUCUGGUCGGGAGACCGAUCAUCCGCUCCACAGCCAAAGUGGGAAACAUCGAGAUCAAGGAUCUAAUGGUGGGCGAUGAGGCGAGCGAGCUGCGCUCUAUGCUGGAGGUGAACUACCCUAUGGAGAACGGGAUUGUGAGGAACUGGGACGACAUGAAGCACCUGUGGGACUACACUUUCGGUCCUGAAAAGCUCAACAUCGACUCGCGAAACUGCAAGAUCCUGCUCACAGAGCCGCCCAUGAACCCUACCAAGAACCGAGAGAAGAUCAUCGAGGUAAUGUUUGAGACCUAUCAGUUCUCAGGGGUUUAUAUCGCCAUCCAGGCCGUGCUCACUCUAUACGCUCAAGGUCUGCUGACGGGUGUGGUGGUGGACUCUGGUGACGGUGUCACUCAUAUCUGUCCAGUGUAUGAAGGCUUUUCUCUUCCUCAUCUCACGCGUCGUCUGGACAUCGCCGGACGAGACAUCACACGCUACCUCAUCAAGCUGUUGUUGUUGAGAGGUUAUGCCUUCAACCACUCAGCAGACUUCGAGACGGUGAGGAUGAUGAAGGAGAAGCUGUGUUACGUAGGCUAUAACAUCGAGCAGGAGCAGAAGCUUGCGCUGGAGACCACCGUGCUGGUGGAGUCCUACACGCUGCCGGACGGCAGGGUGAUUAAAGUGGGCGGCGAGCGUUUCGAGGCUCCAGAGGCUCUGUUCCAGCCUCACCUCAUUAACGUGGAGGGAGUGGGUGUGGCCGAACUGCUCUUCAACACCAUCCAGGCAGCCGACAUCGAUACCAGGGCUGAGUUUUACAAACACAUCGUUUUGUCGGGCGGAUCUACGAUGUAUCCUGGUCUUCCGUCUCGUCUGGAGCGUGAGCUCAAGCAGCUCUACCUGGAGCGAGUGCUAAAGGGAGACGUCGACAAGCUCUCGAAGUUUAAGAUUCGCAUCGAGGAUCCUCCACGCCGUAAACACAUGGUGUUCUUGGGCGGAGCGGUGCUAGCCGACAUCAUGAAGGACAAAGACAACUUCUGGAUGACCAGAGAGGAAUACCAGGAGAAGGGCACACGCGUUCUGGAGAAGCUGGGUGUCACCGUUAGAUAAAUCACACACACAUAUAUACACACACAUGCACACACAACAUUGCACUCACACUCCCAGUCACAGGGUGGCAUUUUGGCAGCCUAAACUCUCAGAGGUUUUCGGCAGAUUAUGAGGAUAUACUUGAGAAUAAUGAUAUUCGAAUACUUGAACUUCCUUUGCAAUCCAAAAAAGAAGUGCUCAAAGUUUGUACGACAUUCCAAAUGUAAAGGUUCAUAUCACCGCUGCACAGCAUGAGACAAAAAUCGAAUGAAAUCAAGUGAUUUGUUCACAAAACGACUCGUUUAUGCUGCCAAAAUUAAUCCUCAAACGAUCCCUCGUGUAUCAUCAUAUCAUGACCUGUUUGUUUUGAGUCCUGUCUGUCUCAUGACUUCAAAAAAAAAAAAAAAAGAA